UUUAACUAAAAGUCUGCGAAGGUUCAUGUUCAUAUAUCAAAACGUUCAAAAUAUAAACAAUAUAAAAUGUUAUUGAAAAAUGUACUUCAACACAAAGUGAUAUUAAAUUUUAAUAAUUACAGAUGCUGUAGUAAAUUUGCUUAUACACAUCAGCCUGGAAAUGAACCUUUGCUCUAUAAGAACCUGGGUAAGCAGAUAGAAAGAGCUGUUGAAAAAUAUGGACCACAAAUAGCUAUAAAAUCUAGUUACGAAAAAAAGCAAUUAAGCUUUGAGGAAUCCUAUAAAGAGGCCACUAAUUUGGCGGUAAAACUUCAGGAAAUGGGUCUUAAACAAGGAGAUCAUUUGGCUAUAUGGGCUCCCAAUACCAUACAAUGGUAUAUAACAUUUCUGGCUUCUGCCAUAGGUGGGUUUCCAUUGGUGUGUAUUAAUCCGGCUUUACAGGUUCCCGAACUAGAAUAUGCUUUGAAAAAGGCUAAGGUCAAGAGUUUAAUAACAAUGGAUUCGUGCGGUAAAUUGGAUUUUCAAAAUAAACUAAAACAAUUGUACACAACAGAGAGCACAAAACAAAGUCCACUUUCAAUUAUCAUAAAAAGUGAUAAGAAUGUGGAAAAUUUCCUCAAUUAUGACGAUAUACUAGACAAGAAGUCUGACCUACAAAACACAGACGCUUUGAUGUUAAAAAUGCAUGACAUACUACCUGAAACGCCAUCUAUAAUACAAUUUACUUCGGGCACAACGGGUCAACCUAAAGCAGCUUUACUCACUCAUUACAAUAUGGUUAACCAGGCUGUUUAUAUGGGCAGAGCUUUAAGAUUGCAUCCGGGAGGGAAAUCGUUGUGUCUUACGGUGCCAAUGUUUCAUGCCUUUGGUUUAAGCAUAUUGGCUGCUUGCCUACACUAUGGCAGUACUGUAUGUCUGCCCAGUCCAACUUUUAAUGCUGUCUCUGCCUUGGAAUCCAUAGAACGUGAUAAAUGCAAUGUGGUAGUGGGAACACCCACCAUGUUCGUCGAUAUGUUAGAUAAUCAAUCCAGACUACAAAAACCGGUUGAAAGUUUGGAGGCAGCCUUUGUAGGUGGUUCGGCCUGCAGUCCAGAAGUAGCCAUACAAUCCAAAAAAGUAUUCCAACUACGCGAUAUGGUGAUUGGUUAUGGCUUGUCUGAAGGUACAGCGGCUGUUUUUGCUCAAGAUGGCUCGGAAACACUUGAAAGUUCUUUACAUUCUGUGGGUAAGAUAUUAGCCCAUGGUGAGGCAAAAAUUAUAGACGAGAAGGGAAAUACUUUGAAAUUUGGAGAAGUUGGAGAGCUUUGUAUAAGGGGCUGGUUUAAUAUGUUGGGAUACUUUGAAGAUGAAGAAAAUACUCGCAAAACUAAGGAUGUGAACGGUUGGCUAAAGACUGGGGAUCAAUUUUUAUUAGAAUCUAACGGUGUUGCUCGCUAUCAAGGACGCAAAAAGGAUGUAAUUAUAAGAGGAGGCGAAAAUGUAUUUCCCAAAGAAAUUGAGGACUUUUUAAAUCAACACGAAAGCGUUUUAGAAUCUCAUGUGAUUGGGGUACCAGAUCAUCGAUUGGGCGAGGAAAUCUGUGUCUAUAUGCGUCUAAAACAAGGUGUUGAGCCCUUGACUGUAGAAGAUAUUAAUAAAUUCUCUAAAGGCAAAUUGGCCUAUUUUAAAGUACCCAAAUAUGUGAGAAUAGUGGAUGAUUUUCCAAAAACCACUUCAGGAAAAAUACAAAAAUUCAAAUUGCAAGAAUUAUUUGAAAACGAAAAAUGAAUAGGGAGCCAUUAUGAACCAAAUUUUUGGCUAAGAGAAAACAACUGAGAGAAUUUAACGAAAAUUCUUAAGUGAAAUUUAUUGUUUAUCAUUGUUUGCUGAACAAUAAAAUAAUAAAGCAAAUAAAUAAAUGUAAAUAAAA